AUGUCUGCCUCAUCCUCAGGCGGCUCCCCCAGGUUUCCAUCGUGUGGGAAGAACGGAGUAACAAGUCUCACGCAGAAAAAGGUCUUGAGGACAGCUUGCGGCGCACCCAGUGUGACCGUUACGAAGCGAACUAUGAAGGACCGCUCUUCAACUCCCCCCUUACAUGUUCACGUGGAUGAGAACACCCCUGUCCACGUCCACAUAAAAAAACUCCCGAAACCAGCAGUGGCCGGCAGCCAGAAAUCUCAUAAGCGCGGAAUGAAAGGGGACACCGUGAAUGUGCGGCGGAGUGUCCGGGUGAAAACCAAGGUACCUUGGAUGCCCCCCGGAAAGUCAUCUGCCCGGCAUGUGGGAUGCAAGUGGGAGAAUCCACCUCACUGCCUGGAGAUCACGCCACCAUCUUCAGAAAAGCUGGUCUCAGUAAUGAGGUUAAGUGACCUCUCUACAGAGGAUGACGAUUCGGGUCACUGUAAAAUGAACCAUUAUGAUAAGAAGAUUGACAGUCUAAUGAACGCAGUUGGUUGUCUCAAAUCUGAGGUCAAGAUGCAGAAGGGUGAGCGUCAGAUGGCUAAGAGGUUCCUGGAGGAGCGGAAGGAGGAGCUGGAGGAGGUGGCCCAUGAGCUGGCCGAGACCGAGCAUGAGAACACAGUGCUGAGGCAUAACAUCGAGCGCAUCAAGGAGGAGAAGGACUUCACCAUGCUUCAGAAGAAACACCUCCAGCAGGAGAAGGAGUGCCUCAUGUCCAAACUGGUGGAGGCAGAAAUGGAUGGGGCAGCCGCUGCCAAGCAAGUCAUGGCCCUGAAGGAUACCAUCGGAAAGCUAAAGACGGAAAAACAAAUGACCUGCACGGACAUCAACACUCUGACGAGGCAGAAGGAACUUCUCCUGCAGAAGCUAAGCACAUUUGAGGAGACCAACCGCACCCUCCGAGACCUACUGAAGGAUCAGCACUCUAAAGAGGAUUCCGGAAGGUUGAUGGAGCAACAAGGAACACUUCUGAAACGGCUGGCGGAGGCAGACUCCGAGAAAGCGCGGCUGCUGUUAUUGCUGCAAGACAAGGACAAGGAGGUGGAAGAGCUCCUCCAGGAAAUACAAUGUGAGAAGGCUCAAGCAAAGACAGCAUCCGAGCUCUCCAAGUCCAUGGAGUCCAUGCGUGGGCAUUUGCAGGCACAGCUUCGGUGCAAAGAGGCAGAGAACAGUCGCUUGUGUAUGCAGAUCAAGAACCUGGAACGCAGUGGAAACCAGCACAAAGCAGAAGUGGAGGCCAUCAUGGAGCAGUUGAAGGAAUUGAAGCAAAAGGGAGAUCGAGACAAAGAGUCUUUAAAGAAGGCCAUCCGAGCCCAGAAGGAACGAGCUGAGAAGAGCGAGGAGUAUGCUGAGCAGCUACACGUGCAACUUGCGGACAAGGAUCUUUAUGUUGCUGAAGCUUUAUCCACUCUGGAGUCAUGGAGGAGCCGCUACAACCAAGUUGUGAAAGACAAGGGGGACCUCGAGCUGGAAAUUAUUGUCCUGAAUGACCGAGUGACAGAUCUCGUGAACCAGCAGCAAACCUUGGAGGAGAAGAUGCGGGAAGACCGGGACAGCCUGGUGGAGAGACUACACCGACAGACUGCCGAGUAUUCUGCAUUUAAACUAGAGAAUGAGAGGCUGAAGGCUAGCUUCGCUCCAAUGGAGGACAAACUCAACCAAGCGCACCUCGAGGUCCAGCAGCUGAAGGCAUCGGCUAAGAAUUAUGAGGGGAUGAUUGACAGCUAUAAGAGUCAGGUGCUGAAGACCAGAUUAGAGGCCGAUGAGGUAGCUGCCCAGCUGGAACGCUGCGACAAAGAGAACAAGAUCCUUAAAGAUGAGAUGAACAAAGAGAUUGAAGCGGCACGUAGGCAAUUCCAGUCGCAGCUGGCGGACCUGCAGCAGCUGCCUGACAUCCUCAAGAUCACCGAGUCUAAGCUUGCAGAGUGCCAAGACCAGCUGCAGGGCUACGAGAGGAAGAACAUCGACCUCUCAGCCAUCAUCUCAGACCUGCGCAGCCGGAUCGAGCAUCAGGGGGACAAGCUGGAGAUGGCGAGAGAGAAACACCAGGCAUCCCAGAAGGAAAAUAAACAGCUGAGUCUGAAGGUGGAUGAACUGGAGAGGAAACUGGAGGCGACCAAUGCCCAGAAUAUCGAGUUCCUACAGGUGAUUGCCAAGAGGGAGGAGGCAAUCCACCAGUCCCAGCUGCGGCUGGAGGAGAAAACACGGGAGUGUGGGUCCCUGGCGAGGCAGCUGGAGAGCGCCAUUGAAGAUGCUAGGAGGCAGGUGGAGCAGACCAAGGAGCACGCCGCCUCCAAGGAGCGGGCGGCCCAGAACAAAAUCCUGGACCUCGAGACGCAGCUGAGCAGGACCAAGACGGAGCUGACGCAGCUGCGGCGGAGCCGAGACGAUGCGGAGCGCCGCUACCAGAGCCGCCUGCAGGACCUCAAGGACCGCCUGGACCAGUCGGAGAGCACCAACCGCAGCAUGCAGAACUACGUGCAGUUCCUCAAGUCGUCCUACGCCCACGUGUUCGGGGACAGUCCCUACACCACCUACCUGACCAGCUCUCCUAUCCGCUCCAGGUCUCCUCCCGUCUGA